AUGAGGCAAAUUAUUUUUGUUCUCUUUAUUAUUACAAUAGUGGGUUUGGGGAUUUGCGAUGCAAAAAAGCUGAAGAUGAAUUACUAUCACAAACGUUGCCCUUCAGUUGAAAGAAUAGUGAGGGAAAUAACAUGGAGCAGAGUUGGUGCUGAUCCAAGCUUGGCAGCAAAGCUACUUCGCCUUCACUAUCAUGAUUGUUUUGUUAGGGGUUGUGAUGCAUCGAUUCUACUAGAUUCCACUCCAAAAAAUAGUGGAGAAAAAGACGCACUACCAAAUAGAUCUGUCGGAGGUUAUGAGGUUAUUGACGAAAUAAAGAAGAAAGUGGAACAAUUGUGCCCACAUCAAGUUUCUUGUGCUGAUAUUCUAACCUUGGCAACUCGAGAUGCAGUUUCAUACCAAUUUGGAAGAUCAAUGUGGCAAGUACGAACAGGGAGGAAAGACGGACGGGUGUCGAGUGCAUCGGAAGCAUUAGACAGCUUGCCAUCUCCUUUUGCAAACUUCGCCACUCUCUUGCACCAAUUUCAGGACAACGAUUUGGACAUUGUGGAUCUGGUCACUUUGUCAGGGGCACAUACAAUAGGAAUAACACAUUGCACAUUGGUUGCUAGAAGACUUUAUAAUUUCACAGGAAAGGGCGAUGCUGAUCCUUCAUUAAAUCUCAAUUAUGCUACUACAUUGAGGAAAUUAUGUCCUAACCCUAUUAAUCGAGCAACUAUUCUAGAAUUGGAUCCCAAAAGUUCUACUUCUUUUGAUAGCCAUUACUUUGAGGCUCUAAAUCAACACAUGGGCUUACUUGGAUCAGAUGCAGCCUUAAUGACCAACUCACUUUCAGCUAGUAUUGUAAAAAAGCUGCAAAAUCCCCAUGUUUUCUUAGCAUAUUUUGGUCGUUCAAUGAAGAAAAUGGGAGAAAUUAGAGUCCUGGUGGACGGUGGAGGAGAAAUAAGGAAGAAUUGCAGAGCUGUAAAUGCCUGAAUUCGAAGCACGCUUAU